GACAUUUUUUUUUUUUUUUUCCAGAAGCUUUUCUUUUGAAGUCUUAAACCUGACGCGUCCGGUCCUAGCUCCGCGCUGCUCCGUUUUUCCUUUGCGGAUGUAGUUCCAACGGUGACACGCAGGUGGUGAUGGGGCCGAGAUCCGCGCGGAGCGAUCUCCGCAGCCACAAAGAGACGACAUGCUUUUAGCCGGGAGAUCCCAUUACAGGGGGCACGCGCUUUAAAAUGGUUGAAACAAAAGCGUGAGAAGCUCCACACCAGCCUUUCAGGUUGCAGCGACACGUUUUUCCAAAAUCCGACCCGGCUCUUUUGCCGUAACUUUUAGCGGAUUCACUGGCCAGCCGCGGGGGAAAAUGGAGAAGAAAAGGUGGGAUUGCUCUGCUCUCCCCAAAGGCUGGAAAAUGGAAGAAGUGACCAGAAAGUCGGGUUUGUCAGCUGGGAAAAGCGAUGUCUAUUAUUUUAGCAGAGGAGAAGAGCAAGAUGAGGAACAGAGGCAAGACAGGGGGGAGGCGGGUCGGUUGUAUAGCUUGUGUCCAUCUGGGAAGAAGUUUAGGAGCAAGCCUCAGCUGGCCCGUUACCUCGGUAACCAGAUGGACCUCAGCUCCUUUGAUUUUCGCACGGGGAAGAUGCUGAUGAGCAAACUGAACAAGAACCGCCAGAGACUGCGAUACGACAACAACAACCAGAACAAGGGCAAACCUGACUUAAACACGUCGCUGCCGGUAAGACAGACGGCCUCCAUUUUUAAGCAGCCUGUUACAAAGGUCACCAACCAUCCCAACAACAAAGUGAAGACGGAUCCUCAGAAAGCCGUCGAUCAGCCCCGACAGCUUUUCUGGGAGAAAAAGCUCAGUGGUCUUAACGCGUAUGACAUCGCAGAGGAGCUGGUGAAGACGAUGGAGCUGCCUAAAGGCCUGCAGGGUGUCGGCCCAGGCUGCACGGACAAAACGCUCCUGUCGGCUAUAGCGAGCGCCCUGCACACGAGCGCUGCGCCGAUCACGGGGCAGCUGUCUGCGGCGGUGGAGAAGAAUCCGGGCGUGUGGCUCAACACUGCCCAGCCGCUCUGCAAGGCCUUUAUAGUCACAGACGAGGACAUCCGGAAACAGGAGGAGCUGGUGUACAGCGUCAGGAAGAGGCUGGAGGAGGCGCUGAUGGCCGACAUGCUGGCCCACGUCGAGGAGGCCUCCAGCGAGGGGGAGCCCCCGAAGGACGAGGGCAACGGCAGCGAAGACAUGGAGACCGUAUAGCACAGAUGUGCCUGUAAGUGACCCGAGACCAACCUGCCCAUUCGUACCAUGUAACAGUGGUGGAGGCAUCAUGGUGUGGAGAUGGUUGUCCUCUGCUGGGAAGCUGAUCAGAGUUGAUCUAAAUACAGGACAAUCUUGGAAAAUAACCUUUUUUUUUUCAUAAAAAAUUGACUUGAAUACAUGUCACAUUUUUACAGAACGAUAUUAAAAAAAAGUUAAACCGUGUAUUUUUAUCAAAUUUUAUACUAUUUUGUCGAUAUUUGACAAAUCCUAAUAAAACACCUUGAAAUCUUUGCAUCUGUUAACUUCAGGUUAACAGAUGCAAUAAGUGGAAGAAUCAGAUUCUGCUCAAUCAAAUGGCGUCCAGAGUAAACGCUCCCUAACUCGCUGGUGAUUGUUUCUCCUGGCAGGUUGUUGUGAAGACCGAUUGGACUCAUUCGCCCCCCCGUAAACACGAGCGUUAACCAUAGGAUUUCCAUUCCAGUGCGGCCCUUAAGAACUGUCCCUCGGUGUCCAGUCUAGGCGUCCACUCACUCCAGAAGACCCUCGGCAGCCAUUUUACCACCCGUGAUGGUCUCCAUUAAGUGGGACUCUGUGACUGUAUUUAUGAGCGCAGAUUUUUAAUUAGUAAAACAGACAACUAUGAAUGACUUAAAUAUAUUCAAUAUAAUUUCCUUACAAUGUGUCAAAGAUGAGUGUUUAGUGUUAAAUGUAUUUUUUACGAAAAUGUCUCGGAUGGAUUUGUGUUUUUUGUUUGCGACAAUCAUGUCCGAUCCAAAUGGUUCGGGUCAGCAGACAGCCGGCGUGUUUGCUCCUUUUGUUUCGGGCACCUUUUGAGGCGAAUGGUUUUUGUACUGUACUGCAUCCGUUUUUGGAAAUUUAAAGUGAAUCUCAUUUUGUCAUAUUUUGUAUUUAAAUGUCUUGUUGAAAUCAUGGUGUGUUUUUUUUUUUUUUCUUUAGCUUUCAGGACGUUUGGUGGUUUGGUUUUGCUUAUUUUUUGUUUUUCAUCACUAAACUGGGUGCUUAGAAAUGUUCAACAAUACUUUUGUAAAUUUUUAUUUUUUUUUUUUCUUUUUCUUGUAAAGCAUCUGUGUUAUUACACACUUGCCGCCUCUUUUAAAAAUUCAUGCACAAAACCGGCGACGACGGAUGGGAUAGUUUUUAAUCCGUCACUUUCCAAGGAGAAAGGGUUUUACAGUUUCUCUGCUGGCUCACAACAUCCAGCUGGAAUCAUGAAAUGCCCCGCUCAACCUGAGCAGGCUGAUUGCUGAAAUGUGUUAAAGAAAUAAAAUUUGUCACUGUAGUA